AUGAUCAUCUCGAAAACGACCAGCUCCAGAAUGCCAUCCACCAAGAACACGAAUGGCGACACGCACUUUCACCAAAAGGUGAAGGGGUGGUUCUCGCGCAACUCGGCCAAUCGCGACCGCGACGCCACAACAACGGGCGAAAGCAAUACCCAUCCUGCCAACAGCCCCAAUACCACCGGCGGCCAUGACCAGAAGAACAACAGCAACACGCCGCGGUCCGACACCAAGAGCGCCUUCCGGCAGACCAAGUUCUGGACUGUCGGCCGCCUCCGCAGCGCUACCACCGCCAGCGAAGGCAACCCGCUCGAGAACGAGGCCCUGAGCCCGACCGCCCACGCGAACCCCUACUUUGCCCACCAGGGCCAGCCCGGCCUGCGCCACCACAACGAGGGCUCCGUCCCGCCUAGCCCGCCCGACACCCCCUCGGUGCACGUCAGCACGGUCGACGGGACCGGCAGCAGUGGCGAUGCAGCCGCGAAUGCUAUAGAGACGGCCCGCAAGGAGGAACUGGCGCGGAAAUUGCGCAGGGUCGCCAGCGCGCCAAAUGCGCAGGGCUUGUUCUCCAAGGGCGCCAAGGCGGCGAAUGGUGGCAACGCUAGUAGCAGCGAGGAGGACAACGGCAGCCGGCCGGGGACGGGCAAAGGGAGCGGCCCGUUACCGGGGAACCAGGGCCAAGGGAAAGGCCAGAAGGGCGUCGCUGGUGCGGGUGCCGCUGCGGUUGGGGCGUCGGUGUCGGACAGUGGGCUGGGGACGGCUACUGACUCGGAUGUGCUGGGAUCGCUGCCGCCGCCGAACCAGUCGGCGCUGCAGUUUAGGCGGACGUACAGUUCGAACUCGAUUAAGGUGCGGAAUGUGGAGGUCGGGCCGCAGAGUUUUGACAAGAUCAAGUUGAUUGGUAAGGGGGAUGUGGGCAAGGUGUAUCUGGUGCGGGAGAAGAAGAGCAGUCGGUUGUAUGCGAUGAAGGUGCUGAGCAAGAAGGAGAUGAUCAAGCGGAACAAGAUUAAGAGGGCGCUCGCGGAGCAGGAAAUCCUGGCGACGAGCAAUCACCCGUUCAUCGUGACGCUGUACCACUCGUUCCAGUCUGAGGACUACCUCUACCUCUGCAUGGAAUACUGCAGCGGCGGCGAGUUCUUUAGAGCGCUGCAGACGAGGCCCGGGAAGUGCAUCUCGGAAGAGGAUGCGCGGUUCUACGCGGCCGAGGUGACGGCAGCGCUGGAGUAUCUGCAUCUGAUGGGCUUUAUCUACCGGGAUCUGAAGCCAGAAAACAUUCUGCUCCACCAGUCCGGGCACAUCAUGCUGUCGGACUUUGAUCUCUCGAAACAGUCAGACCCAGGUGGCAAGCCGACCAUGAUUCUGGGCAAGAACGGGACCAGCUCGACGUCGCUGCCGACCAUCGACACCAAGUCAUGCAUUGCCAAUUUCCGGACCAAUUCGUUCGUCGGCACGGAGGAGUACAUUGCGCCCGAGGUGAUUAAGGGCAGUGGGCACACCAGCGCCGUCGACUGGUGGACAUUGGGCAUCUUGAUCUACGAGAUGUUGUAUGGCACGACGCCCUUCAAGGGCAAGAACCGCAACGCGACGUUUGCCAACAUCUUGCGCGAGGACAUUCCCUUCCCCGACCACGCCGGCGCUCCGCAAAUAUCAAAUCUCUGUAAAUCCCUCAUCCGUAAAUUGCUCAUCAAAGACGAGAACCGCCGUCUCGGCGCCCGCGCCGGCGCCUCCGACAUCAAGACACACCCCUUCUUCCGCACCACCCAGUGGGCCCUAAUCCGCCACAUGAAACCGCCCAUCAUCCCCCACCAGGGCCGCGGCAUCGACACGGUCAACUUCCGCAACGUCAAGGAAAGCGAGAGCGUCGACAUCAGCGGGUCGCGGCCCAUGAAGGGCAGCGGUAGUCCCGGUGUGGGCGGUGGGCUGGCUACGCCGGGCGGGGAGACGCCGGAUCCGUUUGAGGAGUUUAACAGUGUCACGCUGCAUCAUGAUGGGGAGGAUUGGAAUGGUGGGAAGGGGUAG